AUGACUGAAUCACUCCCUGACUCGUCCACAGUUGCUCCGGUACCUGGACUCACACACUACGGGGGACCCUGGGAGUCUCUCAGUGCUGGUGAGUCAGAGCUGUUGGUUCGUCUGUCGAGAGAAGUGGAGGAGAGGGAUGCACGUGCGAAGAUAGACGGAGAGGAGGAGGAGGAGGGAGACGUGAGGGCACAGGAGGGAGGGGAGGAGGAGGACGGGGAGGAAGAGGAGGAGUGGGAAAACAAAGCUGACCAGGACAGAGCAGACACCGGCUGGAUGGGCUGCGGCCACCUCGGGCACGCCCUGACAACGCCCCGCUCAGAUGUCAGCGGACAGCGGCCUGUUCUCAAGACUUCUGGUGAAACUACGCUGGUGAGAUGA